AUGGUCAAAAUUGGCCAUCAACAACAAUUACAGGAACUGACGCCCCCUCCGGAAUCAAACAAAGUCCACAAAGGGGAGGAGCCGUCAGAAUCCCAACAGGUACCAAGGUAUUUUCAGGUAACGGAAGGAACGGACGCAACCAAAUCCACAGUGGAAAAACUCGACAAGUCGCAUUAUUCGAGAAGUAUUCCGCUAGAGGUGGCCGUGCACAAGUUAAGCCUGGACCCAAACAUCCCUCCGGUAAGGCAGAAGAAGCGCCCGAUUGCCGAGGUUAGAAACAGGUUUGUCAAAGAAGAGGUAACUCGAUUUCUUGAUUUCGGUUCAAUCCGGGAGGUAAAGUAUCCUGACUGGCUGGCUAACGGAGUGGUAGUUGCGAAAGAGAAUAAUAAACUUCGCAUGUGCGUAGAUUAUAAAGCUCUGAAUAAGACGUGCGCAAAAGGCUCGUUCCCAUUACCAAACAUUGAUUAA